AUGAGCGGAGGGACAGUGAGGGAGACCAGCCUCGUCCAGCAGACCUGUGCUCUGCUGCGGAAGAAUCUUCUGGUACAAUGGAGGCGGCUGGGACAUGUAGUGCUGGAGUGGCUCCAGCAUUUGACGCUGGUCUUCCUGCUAUUCUUGGUGAUGUCACCCAGAGAUGAUUCAGACCAGAGUAUGUACUCACCGGCCAAGGUUCUAGGGCGUCUGAUGGAUUCAACAACAAGAGUUUUCCAGUUGGCUACAUCCCUACAACCCCGGCUGUCCAGGACAUAAUGCAGAGGGUCAACAGAAGCACCAUCAUCCCAGAAAUAUCGGUGCAGGAAUUUCAAAAUACUUCUGACCUCCUGAAUUCAGUUGAUGAGAACCAGGUCGGUGUGGAAUUUGAGACUGAGUUUACAUAUUAUAUCAGAUAUGAUCUGUACACCAUCUACAGGCCCAAUGACUACCUGGCUCAUAGAGGUCACUGUAGCAAUUCAGAAUUAAGCUGCAACCCCCUGAGGUACUGGAAAUUUGGGUUCAUCUCUUUACAAGCCAGCAUUGACUCUGCCAUUGUUGAGAGGAACACCAAGCAGUCACUAUGGGAUGGGAUGGCGGCCACAGAGGUGGUGAAGAUGAAAUCGGUGGUUUACACAGCAAAGACAAUUCUGCACAUGGGCACCAUCAUGUAUGACAUGAGCAUGUGCUUCGUCUCGCUGUCCUAUCUCAUGACGCUGCAGAUCACCCGGGAGAGGAGGAAAACCAGAGAGCUGAUGAGGAUGAUGGGACUGAAGGAUCUGGCGUUUUGGUUGUCUUGGGUAUUGCUGUACACCGUCAGUGUUUUCAUCAUCGCCACCCUCAUGGCUUUGGUUACCACCACUUAUGUGUUUGUGGAAAGUUCCUUUGGUGUUAUUUUGCUACUUUUCUUCCUCUAUGGAGUAGCAACAGUCUGCUUUAACUGCAUGCUGAGCGCCCUCCUCAGGAAGCACCGCCUGGCAGCGAUUCUGGGAUUUUUCAGCACUCUCUUCCUUGCUGCUCUGGGCCUCCUACCGCUGAUGAACGCCAUGCCCAGAUCUCUGGAGGUCUUUCUGAGCAUCUUCCACCCCUUCUCCUUCGCCGUCGGGAUCUUGGAGAGCAUGCACAUGGAAAAUGACCUUCAAGGGGCCUACUUCUCGGACAUCGGUGGUGACUCCUCCCACAUACUCUCCAGCGCCAUCUACCUGACUCUAGACUCCGUGCUUUAUAUCAUCCUCGCUCUCUAUUUCGACAAGAUUAUUCCAGAUAAACACGGAGUGAGACACGAGCCGUUGUUCUUCCUAAGACCUUCAUUCUGGUCAAAGAAGAAGAAGAUGACCAACAUACUGGUUGGAGAUGGAGAGCGCAUAGAGGAGGACUUGGGGGACUAUAUAGAAAAAGUUCCCAUUGAGUUUAGUGGGAAAAGAAGCAAUCAGGAUAAGUAAUGUCAAGAAAAUGUACAGCGGCAAGGACGAGAAGACAGAGGCGCUUCGAGGACUGAAUCUGGACGUCUAUGAGGGACAGAUCACAGCGUUACUCGGUCACAGCGGAGCUGGAAAAACCACCUUACUGAAUAUUCUCGGCGGGAUGUGCGGAGCCACUAGCGGAUCUGCCAACAUCUACCACCAUCCUCUAUCAGACCUCAGUCUACGUCAAGAGAUCCAGAGAAAGAUCGGCUUUUGUCCGCAGUUCGAUGUCAACUUUGAGCUUCUAACGGUGAAGGAGAACUUGGAGGUUUUUGCUCAGAUUAAAGGAGUUCCUAGGAGUAAAGUGAAAUCCGAGGUAGAAAAGGUCCUUUGUGACCUGGACAUAGAGAACAUUCAAGACCUGAGAGCCAAUAAACUGAGUGGAGGUCAGAGGAGGAAGCUGACCCUGGCGAUUGCACUAUUAGGAGACCCCGAG